AUGGCGCUCCGGCGCGUGAGUCUCGCAGGCCGGAGCCCCGUCGACCCUCUCGCCCGCGAGCCCGUCGGGGGCAGUUGGCUCCCGCCGUCGCUCCCUUCUGCGGCCGCAGGCGGCGAGGAGGGCGAAACGGCGCCGCGCGAGGCGUGUCGAGGCAACCAUGUGCACGCAAUUCAGCCAGCAGACACGCUCCUCUCGAUCGCGCUCCAGUACGACGUGCCGGUGCCGCGCAUCAUGCUCGCGAACCGACUCUCCUCAGCAGACAUCUGGUUCAAAAACGAACUCCUCAUUCCCUGCAGCGGGCGCUGCGCGCAGGUCGCGGCCGUCGAGCGGCCUGCAGAGGCGCGGAGAGACGCAGCGGAGGGUGCGGGCGACCGCGCGAGGCGCCUGGGGCCUGCGGCAGAGAGCGCCGUGGACGCGGCGUCCGCGCAGAUGGAUGCGGCCUGCGUGAGGACGGAAAUUCCGGAUCUCGUCCACAGAACUGCGCACACCGCCAUGCUCGUUGAGGCACUCGUGCGACAGGAGGGCGUCGACGUCACAUUGGCAAGGGCGCAGCUCGCCUUCAGAAACGGCAACGCCGACGUCGCGCGCGCGGACUGUCGGCUGGUGAGGCGCUGGCAGGACGAGCUCGACGUCACAACCCCAGAAAUCCUCGCGUAUCUCUCAGUGAACGACGGCGACGUGGUGAAGGCGAGGAAUGCGAUGCUGAAAGACGAACAGUGGCUUCAAGAGCAAGAAGAGGCCCACCGGACGCGGGCGCGAGCGCGGCCGGCGUCCUUCUCUGUCUCUUCGCUGUUGAACACGCGGUCGCUCUUCUCGUCUGCGUCCGCGCGCUACGUUCGACUUGCAGACGAGACCGGCUUGCUGUCGCCGCUGUCGCGCGAGCGCAGCGGCGGCGAGGCGUGCGUGCCGCGAGUUAUCGGCAAAGCUUCGUCCGCUGCGAGUUCAGCGAGCACGGACGUCUCCCCGGGACGCGAUUCGAGAGAUGACGCGCCUUGCCUGUUUUCCGUGACCAGCUCCCGCGCGAGCGUGUGCGCGCCUCGAGGAACGCUGCCGCAGCUUCGGCAGCGACUCGCGAGCGGCCAGACUCGAAAGGGGCGGAGGGAAACGAUCGACGUCGAAAUGCGGCAACUGUGA